GCUUAAGAGAAAAGCCGAUUUCAACCACAGAUGAUAGAUUUGUUAAACUUUAUCAAAGAUGUUGGAAGCAUGAACCAAACGAAAGACCAAAUAUUAAUCAAGUAAUUUCAGAACUUAAUAGUAUUGAUUCUAAAAAUCAUUUUGAUUCUAAAGAAAAUGAAGAUAGUGAAAUAAUAGAUGAUGAAGAAGACUUUUCAGGUUAUUACGUUCAAUUUUAUGACUUAGACAAAUAA